AAUUAUUCUUUAUUGACAAGUGACGAAAUCGCUUUUUACGCGGAUGAAGUUAAAAAGCUUUGUGGGACAUUAGAAAAAGGCCAAGAAAUAAAUCGUCAAUUCAAACCAAUAUUUUCUAUAUCGGUAACCUCUAUUGUUGAUGAUGUAGAAGAUGAGGAUGGUCCAUAUCUAGCAGUUGAACUUACCAAUAAUUUGUCAACAUCUUUUACUUUUGAUCAACUUGCGAUUCGGUUGGUUAGCGGACAGAGUGAGGAGAUUUGGUUUGGCGUUUGUAAUGAAGAAAUCAAGUCUGGUUUGAAUACUUAUAAGCUAUAUUCUGAUAAUAGUGCAUCUGGAAAUUAUUAUGUAGAGAAUGUACGAAUGUCCAUAGGCAAAGUAUCUUUCACUCACAAUUUCUUGAACGAGAGCAAAAAGAAAUCAUUUAGGAUUAACGAGCACCCAUCAGUAUUAAGAGCACAGAUUAUUGCUCCAAGCGAAAUUCAUAUUGGGGCACAACAAUAUUUUCUUGUUCGAAUCUUUACUGGCCUAUCGUGUGUAAACGAGGGCAAAUUGUUGUUGGAGGCAAUAUCGGAAGAGCUUUCGUUUCCAAAAUCCGAAAAAUAUCCCUCGGUCACCAAAUCCGUUAUCA